GACCUUUGAACUUUCAGUACUUCCUUCCUUCUUAAUCUACAUACACAUCCUCUUCAUACACAUCGCUGUUUGGUUAAAACCUCCUUUUAUACUAUUUCCCCUGACUUUCACUCAGUUUUCAUGUUCUUCAUCGGUGACAAGUCUCGAAUCCUGCACGCAAGGCUUUCUCCAGUCAUUAUCCCAUCGUAGAACCCAAUUCAGUUCACUCUCAGUUUCCUUUUUUUUUUUUUUUUAUUCUUCACCAUUAUAGAUUUGCUAAAGCAAAGCAACAUGAGCUCAACUAUUCCGCCAUGGCGGGCUUCCGCAUCAACAACUACCACGAUGAAGUACGCGCCAACAGCAUACACUCCUGUCCAAGCCAGACGUACUCUAGUACAAAAUAAUACAACAACAUCCACACAAGAAGCCACGGAAGAGCGGAAGCGAGUGGAAUGGCCUUUACCCGUACGACAAUAUGUCCAACGCAGUUUCGAUCCCGAAAACCAAGUUGCAAGUGUUUCCCGACAAGAACUUGAAAGGAAACUGAAGCAAGUUAUCACGGAAGCAGCUCAAAGUGAGAGCCUCGAUACUGUUGAUUGGAAUUCUUUGCCUUUACCGCAGGUUAUGAUCCAGAAUGAGCGUAACUCGGUGCUGACAAACUCACUGGUUUCAUCACCAUGGAGUGCCAGUGCCAACGUUGCAGCGAUGAAAUCUGGCCUGGCACACGAUGAGCGAAGCAAGAAGAGAAAAUCCAACGAGUUCCAGCACACAGAUGGGAGCGACUCUCCACCGUGGAGAAAAGCUAACAAUCGCACCCAGCUCGAAGCAUCUUAUACUCCCACUGACAAGCGGCCACGCGUAGAUUACAACAGCAAAUCCUCAAGUAAGUCCAAAGCUAGCCUGGAGUUGCGGAAAAGGCGCUUUGGGGACCCUCAAAGCUAUCAAGAUUCUUCCCGAUCCGAGUCUCCGGCGGCCACUGUGAUCCAAGGACCUAUUGUUGGACGAUGCCAGGAUUUGGAAAAGAGGUAUUUCCGGUUGACGUCAGCACCCAAUCCGGACGUGGUACGACCUCUGCCUAUCCUUGAAAAGACCCUGGACUUUUUGAAAAAGAAAUGGCGCAAGGAGAACAACUAUGGAUACAUUUGCGAUCAGUUCAAAUCCCUACGACAAGACUUGACGGUGCAACAUAUUCGGAACGAGUUUACAGUAAACGUCUACGAGAUUCAUGCGCGGAUUGCCUUGGAGAAAGGAGACCUUGGUGAGUAUAAUCAGUGUCAGACCCAGUUGCGGGCAUUAUAUGCGCAAAAACUGGGCGGUCAUCCUAUGGAGUUUAUGGCGUACCGUAUACUUUACUUUAUCUACACGCGCAACCAGACGGCUAUCAACGACGCGCUGGCAGAUCUAACCCCAACAGAUAAAUCGGACCUGGCUGUAAAGCAUGCAUUGGAUGUGAGGUCCGCUCUGGCCCUCGGUAACUACCAUCGCUUCUUUCAGCUUUACCUUGACACCCCCAAUAUGGGUGCAUACCUAAUGGAUAUGUUUGUCGACCGCGAACGCUUAUCGGCGUUGGCCUGCAUAUGUAAAACAUACAAACCUGACGUAAAGAUCCGAUUCAUCACGGAAGAACUAGGCUUUGAGUCUGAUGAGCAGAGUGUCCGGUUUAUUCUCGAGUAUGCUUCCGGAGAGCUGCUGCAAGAACGGGACGGACACGUUCGACUCUUGACCGGCAAGGCGGGACGAAUGUUUGAGGACGCCAAGUCCCAAGCGUACAGAGUUGUCGACAUCAAGGGACAGAUAUGAUUACGUCUUCUCAGCCUUCUCUUGUUCUUCCCGCCUCAGUUUUCCUCUUCAGUUCCCCUUUCCGCAUUUCGUCCACCAGGCGUUUUAUCAUUUCUUUCGACCGUAGAUUGCUUUUUCUUGAAUUCUGGAAAACAGAUGGUUGGCGUUGGAGCGAAUCCGGGAUAUGCAUUGAUAUUCCACAUGGGCUUGAUGAUAAUUUUGGCAUGGAUUGACUACAUUAUUUGGAAUUUCUACAGGGGUGGUUAGCAAUACAUAUAAUUAUUUCCAGGAG